AUGACAGCCGCAAGCACAAUCGGAUUUAUUCUCGGAGUGAUGUCCUUGACACUGUCGAUUUUUUGCGUGAUUAGUACGCAUUGGGUCAAAGCAACACCAACAGGAACUUCUCAAACAAGCGUUGUCCAAACCUUUGGUCUCUGGCAAAAGUGCGAAACGAUAACAAUGGGUGGAUUCAUGAGCUGCAAUCUUUGGAAUAUGCCGAUAAGUUCCAUGCCUCCAUUGCUGCUUUCUCUCCAAAUAAUGAUGGUCUCUGGGGCGAUCUUUGAAAUUCUCGGAGUGUGUGCUUCGAUUUAUACGCUGAAAAUUUGCCUGAAUUGUUCGCAAAGAAGAGUUAGAAACGGAGGAAUGAUUGCUGGAACGGGCCAUUUGCUUGGAUCCUUGUUGAUUCUCACUUCUGGAAUUCUAGCACUGGUCAUUGUCAUUCAGAAUAAUUAUUAUAAAAACGAGAGUGCUAUGCAAGGAGGAGGGUGGAAUAUGGUCACGAAUAAUACUUAUAAUAUGGUUCUCGGAUAUGCUGCAUACUUUGCUUGGGCAGCUGGUUUCUUAGCGAUGGGAGCAAUGGGAUGCAUGUAUGCCUCUGCUUGUUCCUCGAGCCCUGAAGAAGAUGACAUCUAUCAGCCAAAACAGAGCUAUUACAAUGAUCAAGGCUACUAUCAACCAGGAAAGCCGGAUUUUUACGCUGCUUACGAUCCUGCGUCCCUGCCUCGUCAAAAUACAUAUCGAUCAUAUUACUGA